CCCCGGCGUCCGCGUCUGCGCCUUCCCCGGGGCCUGGGGGCGGCGGCGGGCGGUCGAUGGCCCGGGCGGCGGCAUGCGGCUUCUGUUCCUGGCGGUGCUGAGGCCGCACACCGGGAACGCGGUCACCGCCGAGCGCGUCCGGGUCCACCUAGAGGCAGCAGGACAUGUGUGCAUUCUGAAAGAUGCCUUUGACUUUGAAAGCCCAUCUGAAAUCGCAAACCUCAUCACAGCUGAGAAGUGCGAGGCCGCCUUGGCCCUUCAUCUGUACCGGGCAGGCAGACUUCUGCAAGGUCACCGGGUCCCUUUCGGAAUCAUCUUUGGCGGGACUGAUUUGAAUGAAGAUGUCAACCAGGGAGAAAAGAACAAAGUGAUGGGAAAAGUUCUCGAGGAAGCCAGGUUUGCUGUCGCUUUCACAGAGUCGAUGAAGGAGGUGGCACACGUGCAGUGGCCACAUGCUAAGGGUAAGAUCUAUGUCCAGAGUCAAGGAAUUACGACAACACCAAAUGCCGCCUUUAACUGGAACACCUUUCUUCAACGUGCAGAGAUUAACCAAAGCGCUGAUACCUUACACGUGUUUCUUCUAAUCUGUGGACUUCGACAAGUCAAAGAUCCUCUCUAUUUGGUGGAUGCGUUUUCAGAGUGGCACCAAGAAGAGCCCAGUGUUUACAUGGUCAUCGUAGGUCCUGAAGUUGACCCGGUGUUUACGAGGGAAGUAAAAGCCAAAGUGCAAAGGGCCGCAGGGGUCCGACAGAUGGGAGAGAUGGCCCAGGAAGACCUGCACGCGGCCGUGAAGAACUGCUUCGCGGUGGUGAACAGCUCUGUCUCCGAAGGCAUGUCAGCUGCGAUCCUGGAGGCGAUGCACCUGGAAGUGCCGGUGCUGGCGAGGAACAUCCCUGGGAACGCCGCCGUCGUGAAGCACGAAGUGACGGGAUUGCUGUUUUCAGACCCCCAGGAGUUUGUUCAGCUGGGCAAGAGACUGGUUAGCGAUCCUGCAUUAGAAAAGGAAAUUGUGGCCAACGGGAAGGAAUAUGUGAGGAUGCACCACUCGUGGCAGGUGGAGAGAGACACCUACCAGCGCCUCCUCAGGAAGCUCGAGGGAAGCCUUGAGGGUUGAGGGGUCCCGUGUCCUCGGAUGCCUGCCCUGGGCUGCUCGGCUCGGGGUUAACCCCAGAGAGGAGGCCCUGGGCGGCUUGGGCCGGCCCAGUGCGAAUCAAACCGGCCUCAGCGCCAUCGUAGAUAUGGUGGUCAUGAAUCCCCAGGACACCGAGUUCAUCCCAAACCUCCUGUGCACUCAGGCCCCAUCUCAGGUGUUCAUCCCUCGGUCCUGAAGAACUUGCAGGAGCGGAGUGGGCUGGGGGGGCGGGGAGGGGUAGCUGGUUCCCAGGGGAAUCUGGGAGAGAAUUUGAUUAGCUGCUCUGGGACUUUGGCACGGACCACAGAGGUUUAUUCAAGAAGUCACAGUUCAGAUCCCCUCGCCUGGCUUCUCAGGGACCUCUACCCAUCCUUGUCCGUCCCCAAAGCAAAAGCCAGAAUCAGAACUGUCAGCUGAGUGGAGUCCUGGCGGCAUUUCUGCCAGGAACUUGGGGCCCUCAGGGUGCAGGUGGCCCCAGGCUUGUCGAAAUGUCAGGAAGUGCUCGAACGAGUUCAUGCCCCACAGGUCUUGCUCGUCAGGGUGUCACUGAAAGACAGGGUAUGUGUUCUAGAAAGGCGGAUGGGGACUGGGGCCUUGGGUGCAGGGUGGGCUGUCUGUCCCCUUCCAACACCAGGGAGCUGGGAGGGGAACAGGCCAGCAGCCUCCCGCCCAUGGCAAGACCAGGAGUCGGGUCUGUAGGACGUUGCCGAGGACGCAGCACUCGGUCAGCCCAGGGGCCAGCCCAGCGGCCAUUGUCACAGUGGUCUGGCCACAUCAGCCCGCCCUCCCUAAAAGCUGUCAUCACUGUCCUUUAGCAGCUGGGGAACCUCUGCUGGAGUCUGAAUUCCUUGCCUUCUGGUGGACACGUGUUACCGCAGACAGGGAGUGGCAGGUCCCCUGCCUCUUGUGACGGGCAGAGGAGGUGAAGCCACUCAGGGGCCCACCUUGGAGGGUGAUUUGUUAAAAGCUCGUGUAGACGCCCUCAGACCCGGUAGGCGUGACGGCCAAUCCCACCCUUGCCGCAUGUCCUAGGACAUCUUGGACUUGCUGCUUUACAAUCGGUAUGUUUUUAAAAAGUGAUGAAACCUACAUCUUCUUUUUAAAAAAAGCAGCAGCCUCAAAUUAAACAUCUUAAGCUCUGAUGCCUUGGGGAUGAGAAUAACAGGUUUGGAUUCCGUGCCGUGUUUCAUUCUGCCACCUCAAUCGCGGAGCAGAAUUGCUGGCCAGAGAGGCAGCUGACUGGGAACAGCGGAUGCCGGGGGUGGGAGGCCUGGGGAGCAAUGCCCACCCCCUAUUUUUUUUUUGCCUGUGAGUGGCCCCAGGACCCUGGCUCCAUUUCUGGGCAGAGGGAGGAGGGGGAGGCAGAAGCCCUGAGAGGAGGGCUCCGUCUGAACCUGGAAUUAGCAAGGCCACCACCAGGCCUGGUGCUGUCUCAGAUCCGUCCAGUGAUGCUGCUAUUUAUAAAAUGCCGACUGUCUGGAAGCUCGAAUCUGUUCCGUUCGGUGACCUUGCAGAUCCUGACCUCCGCUGAACCUCACCGUCACUGGUUAAUGUCCUUGUAUGAGAAGGUGCACGUGCCUCAUGCACUUUGGGGAAGGGUGUGUCUUUAAGUUAAUAAAGAGCGUCCCCGUCUGCCGUGCAAA